AUGGAUCUUGGUGCAACAAAAACUAAUGUUCCCACUUUCGAAACAGAUGUCACAUUAGUACGUAAGAUCAAAAAUUCGCUUGGUGUCAUUCAAGAUAACAAAUUAUUACUAUUUGCACCAUUUUCAUUAAACAGAGCAUUCACAGGUAUCCACUACACAAUAUUUAAACAUGAUUGCAAGAUUAUGGAUGUGACGUUCAUUCUUGCUAAUGACAUGUUUUCGGAAAAUCCCUAUUACGAAAAUUCAAUUGGAUAUCCUACAUCAACAAUGAUUUUAUUUUAUGAUGCCGCUCUUAAUUUUUAUAUCCUUGAUGCGACCAAGCAAAUUAUCCAGUGCCAAUUCAAAAUUUCUGAUAAUGAUCGCGUAAUUUCAUUUUGUGGCUCUUCUGUGAAGCCAAAUGAGUUUAUUGUAUUAACACCAACUGAUAUUUGCAUAUAUAAUGUUGAUUCAGAGAUUGCAGACCAAAUUUUUUCAACUCCAUUUAGAGCAAGAAGAAUUAUACCAUUUGGACCAUACUAUACACUUCUUUCGAACGAUGAAGUUACAGUAUUUGAUGGAGUUAACCCUGAAAAGUACUUCCAAGGUGAUGAAAUCGAAAGUUUCGUAAUUUCAGAUGAUGAUAUUAUUAUUUCGAGAAAUGACCCAUCACAUGGAACAACACAAAGUAACAUAUUCGAGAAGAUCAGCAAUGGAACUGUUAAAAGUGCAAUUGGACUCAAAAAAGUUUAUGAUAAUCUUUGGGAUGCAGCAAAUGGAUGGAUUGUCACAAUGGUAAGGACAGGAAGCCUUGCCAUUGGAAACAUUAACUAUCCAAAGGCCAGAGCUCUUAUUAAAACAGAAACUCAGAUUGAAUUACCAAAAUGGCUCUUUGCUGGCAUCAUUAAGCACGACAAUGCACUUGGAGUAGUCGUCAUAGGCUCAAACAAACUCGAAACUUACCAAGUUCCACUUGAUUCUUUGAAUAAGCUUAUUGAAUAA